CCCCGGCAGUGGGGUUGCAGCCACGGGGGCCUGGGGAGCUGCAUCGGGGGGCACUGGGGGGCCGAGCCCACGGAGCGCAGGGCCGCACCUACGGGAUUUUGUCCCGGGGGGGGCCGAGUCCUUGGGAUGCCGGGCUACAGCCAUGGGAGGAUGCGAUGUGGGGGAUUGGGGUUCCCCGGCACUUCCGGGGGCUGAUCCGGGGGGCACCGACCCCUUAGCUCCCCCCAGGUCACCGCCUCCCCUCGGCUCUGCCAGCAGGCAGAGCCGCUGAUCCCCCCGCGAUGCCCACCUGGGUUGGCUCCUGGCGGCCCCACCGCCCCCGCGCUCCAAUCGCUGCCCUCUACAGCGGCCCCGGGCCCAAGUACGGACUCCCCACCAACGUCGGGUAUCACCUCCACGACCCCUCCCGGCACCGUGCCCCCGCCUACAGCUUCGGGGCGCGCACGAAGGGGCCGCAGGCGGAGGGCUCUCCGGGCCCCGCAUACAUGGUGCCCCCCGGGACCACCGCCCAGGGCCGGGCCCACGCCCCCGCGUUCUCCAUCUACGGCCGUCCCAGAGACCUGGAGCCUUUCCGGACCCCCGGGCCAGGCCGCUACUUCCCUGAGAAGGCUGCGCGCUAUGCCUACCCCACGGCGCCCGCCUGCUCCCUGCGCUCCCGCACCACCGAGAGAUCCCACGACCACACGCCGGGUACGGGGAUGGGGUGGGUUGGGAUCCCCUCGGUGGGACUCUCGACCCAUGGAAUGGGGCCCCCAGACCCCCCCUGGAUGGGCUGCACAGCGCCAGGACGGGCGGACCCAGCCCCUCCAGCCCCAACGUGAGCCCAAUCCCUGAGCUGAGCCCCCACCCCCAGGCCCAGACCCCCACCCUUGGGCUGAAUGCCUCUGUCUUCAGACUGAGACCCCCACCUAUUAAAUGAGCCCUUAAUCCCCGAA